AUGGAGCCUGCAUCGCAGAAGGAGUGCGAUUGCACGGCCAAUUCCGCCAAUUGGCACCCGAACUCUAUUGAUGACUCUUUCUGGGGAAGCAGUCACUGGCUGGGACGCCAGCCCACAAGCAGCAUUCACCCAUUUCACCGCAACAGCCCUUUGACAUGCCACCGCACAAAUGUGCAUGAUAAUAAUGAUAACAGGGCAACCCAAGGCCUCCUGGCGCCUUCACCGAUCCGUCCUAGGAAGUGUGCGGCGUCGACGCGUUUUUACUUCCUGUCGUCUCCGUCAUCGCCAGUUAAGUUCACGGGCACUGUAAUCGGGAACGAAACCGUCGCGAUCCAUCCUUUCAGGUGCGAGAAUGUGGCUGCAGGCACGGUUGCGGCGUCGCGGGUUUCCUGGUCCACCGAAUUGCCGAAAUUGGUGUCCGCUUCUCAACGUGUCGCCAGAUGCAAGCGAAUCACUUCAGUCGAUGAAGACGGUCUGGUGAUUGCGCGGCGCACCACCGGUGCACAGGGGGAAGGCUGCAUCGUGGACAAUGAAAGUAUGAAUGAGUUCUUCAGUGGGAGUUGGGACCUCUGGAGGGGCGGCGGGGGCGGCAACCAGCGUUAUUUGAGCAAACUGGGCCGUUGCCCUAGCGAUGAAUCUGUGAUUGAUUUUAACGUGGCAAUGACAUUUCAGCGCAGUGGUGCCCGUAGGUGCCGACACACUGGGCCCGGCUUCGACGCCGUACCGCCGCAUGCAUGUCUUGCUGAUUUGGAACCAUAG